UUGGGCGUGGGCGGGAUGGAUGGCUGCCGUGCUGCGCUGUCCUGUGGUGGCCUUUGAUGUUGCGUUUCGCCGUGCCGGGUCCCCUCCACUGCCAGGGCUGCUUUUCCGUGCUCGAAGAAGUACGACCCUGACCAGGCAGCCACACUGAAGGGAAACAGACUCCUCACCGAGGUGUCCUCGGCGGGGCCAUGAUCGAGGCCUGGCCCGGGCACGCAGCGGGGCCGAGCUGGCCGAAGCCUGCAGUGCCUCCAUGGGAAGAUAGCUCACGGUUUUCCAUCGUGAGCACGACUGCUCACAGGCUGCCGGUCUUCGUUGCGUGUACAAGCAACUGAGUUCCAGAGUUUAUUACUGUAUCACGUUGAAUGACCAGGAUUUUUCCAUACAUUGUUCCUUAAGAGCAUACUUUAGUGAAAGUGAUUUUUGGAUUGAAAACAAUGGGUAGAAAAGAUGCCUCCACAUCAAGGACUCCUGUUGACCAGUACAGGAAACAAAUAGGGAAACAAGAUUAUAAGAAAACCAGGCCUAUGUUAAGAGCUACAAGAUUAAAAGCAGAGGCCAAGAAAACUGCACUAGGCGUAAAGGAAGUUGCCCUUGUCCUUGCAGCUAUACUGGUAUUUUUGUUGGCUUUCUAUGCUUUUUUUUAUCUUAAUGUUUCCAAUGAAGUGGACCUUGAUCUGGAUCCAGAUGAAAACUAGCAGAUGCAAUGAAUCUAUCAUCAAGAUUUCUUCAGCUUCAACAAGACUACAUAGGAACACACAGUCCCUUCACUGUAAGACAGUAAAUGAUGCCAUUUCUUCAGUCCAAAUUCAUAAGAAAGUUUUGCACUACGUCAGUCACAUUCCAGGUCUCCAACAUAAGAACACUUAUGCCUGGCCAAGUGUGUUUGUCUAACAUCAAAGCCAGGAGCAACAGUACAAUACAUGAAGUUUAUUGUUUACAUUAUGUUUUUCUCAGGCAGAAAACUUUGAUGUCAAAAGACAGGUGCUACUAUUAUCAUGGGUAUUGAUGCUGACUUCACAGGAGUGUCUGCCUUGACCGAAUUUAGGAAUCAGAGCUUCCUAAUAAACAAAUUAGUUUUCUGUUCCUUUCUGAAAAGAAAGCAGAAAUACCAAAUAAAAAGUCUUUUCUUCAUUUGUGUUUAUAAUAUAUCAAAACACCCUCAUCCUUUCUCUCCCUUUUAAUCUUUCUUGUGCAUGUGUGCGCAUGCAUGAAGAUGGAAGAAAUUGUAGGAAAAGAAUAUCUUCUUACAAGCAGUCUGUCACCUUCUAUAUGGACUUAAUUUUCUGUCAUUCCAGAUUCUGUGUGCCCAUAUAUCUGCAGUAAUCUUUUUCAUUCUUUUGCCAACUGUUCAGCACACAUGUGUUCUGUUAGAAAUGGCACCUGGAUGACAGAAGCUCUAACAUUCACAUAUGCUUCUGAAACACAGUUCUUUGCCUCCUGUGCUGUCUGAACUAGUGUAAAUAGAAAGUUUAGUUGAUGUUGGUUUUAAUUAGUGUAUUGGUCUACUAUUAAUAUAAAGUCAAAAUUGUGUUUUAAUUAUGCUCUUCCUGAUGGUUUUGGUAUCAACUUGCUCUACCUAUUAGGGGCAUGUUGUAUAAAAACAUUCUUUUCCAGCUAUACAAUCAUUUUAAUCAUCUAACUAAUGUGAGAACUGUAAGUAAUAAGAAAACAUUUUUUCUCCUGGCAUACUAAUAACUCGUAAAUCUUGGCUCCAUUACAUCCUUCAGUUCUUGCAAAGUACCUUUCAAAUUAGACACUGUAGAUAGCAUUUUUUUCCUUUUCAUAGCCAAAAGCCACUUGAAGAAUUUGGUGUGUCAGAGCAGCUGCAGGGAGCUUUAAAAUUCUGGCUUUAUCCUGUUCUGCUUUGAGUUUGGCAUAUAACUGAGCUUGUGGAUGUAAAGACUCAGUUUUGAUCCUCUUAAAAGUGUGGUCAGUCUUUCUCUGACUGAGAUUCAGUUCCGGUUCCGUUUGAUAUCAAGAAUGUGUAAAGCCACUGGUGCUGAAUGUCAGAAGGAAAUUUAGACAGGCUGACUUUCAGAAAAGUUUUCAUAAUUCUGAGGCUUGGUUUUGCUUUGACAUAAAUUUGAGAGCUGAAUGUUAGAUUUAAUUGCAACUGAGGUAUUUACUGUCUUGUUCCUGAGAUGCCUGGCUAAGAUUUCUUAUAGUGAUUUUGAAGACAAAGGGAUACAAAUAACAGCAAAUAUUAUAAUGGAAAAUAUAUUUCUUUUAAAUUGACACAGUCCCAUUAUCACCACUUAAGAAACUUGGAUCUAUACAGUUAAUUUUUAAACCAUAUAGUAACUAUGACCAUAUACAUUAUGAGUCCCCAAGGAUCCACUUCAUGUGUCAUAGUGUUCAUUCACUUUAUGCCAUGCAAAACGACUCUAGAAAUUCAGAGUACAACAGUCUUCCGAAGAAUAUAUGAAAGAGAAAAUUAUAUAUGCAAAUAUAUCUCAUUUUCUACGUAUGACUCUUACAGACAUAAAAUCCUAACAUUUCUGUAUGUAUAUGACUUACAGUCCGCUACUAAUCACAUACUUGACCAAACACCUUGCAACAUGUUGAAUUUAUGGUGAAGCGUUAUCUGACACAUGGCCCAACUUCCAGUGGAGGGAAAAGCAUAUCACAAGCUGUUUCCUUGCAUGUGACAUCCUUUCACUCCACCAGCACCCAACCACAUGUCACAGAAGCUGCAGACCUCUCCUGUUACUCCUCUCCUGUUACUUUACACUAGCAGUUUUCAUGUUCUAUAACAUGCUGGAAGGAUUGCUUCCUUAAUGUCAGCACAUAGCUCUCUGGGUCAUGUAUGAUCUGAGAAAGAUAGGUAGUUACUUCCUUCAUGCAUGUCAUCCUUCUCACUGAUCUGCUCUCUCUUGCUCACUCUCUCUCUCACAACCUGCUCUCUCAAUUGGUUGUGUUUAAAAGCAAGCAAUUAUUUACUUACUGCCAAAUUUGUGACCAUGAAGUUCCUAGAACAGGAAUAUUCCAUUUCCUAAAACUGUGAAUCAGACCAAAUCUGAAGUGCUUGUAUAUGUGAUUCUGUCAGCUUCACUGAUGUGUGGCUUAUGAGUCCUUAUUGCCCACAGUUUGCUGUUUGUCUAUUUGCUUUGUUUGGAUUAGGUCUUUUUAUUUGCAUGAAAGAUCAUAGAAUCAUGAAAUCAUUGAAUGGUUUGGGUUAGAAGGGAUGCAAAAAGAUCAUCUAUUUUCAAUACCUCUGCCAUGGACAGAGACACCUUCCAUUAGAGCACAUUGCUCAAAGCCCCGUCCUGGUGUCAAACACCUCCAGGAAUGGGGCAUCCACAGCUUCCCUGAGCAACCUGUUCCAGUGCCUCACCACCCUCAGAAUAAAUAAUUUUUUCUUAUUAUCUAAUCUAAACUUACUUCCUUUUAGUAUGAAUCAACUCUCUCUUGUGCUGUCACUACAUGCUUUUGUAAAAAGUCCAUCUUUUUUGUAGGUAGAGUUUCUGUUCAGUGUAUGUAGAAAUAUGUGGUAAAUAUUGAAGCAAAUACACAUCUCUUAACUGUACAAUAAUUCCUAGUGGGACAUUUGGCUUAUUUUGCCCUUAAUUAUAUCUGAGAUUGAAAUAUGCCUUUUGGAUUUUGGACCAUCUGUCGUUGUAUGAGUUGCUUGGUGUCUAUUUUAUUAAUAAAUGAUUUUUUUCUA